AUGCAGACCAGUGGUUUGGUUGACCUGUUCGAUGACACUCGUCUCGUGAACGAGGUGUGUGCCUGGGCUCAACAAGACCAUAGAUCGCAAGACGUUGCUUCCGCAGCUUUCUACCUAGUCCUUGCGAUAGGAUAUCAGUCUGCAGAGGAAGAUCUGGCAUCUUCUUACUUCGAGUAUGCGCGCAACACUGCACUUACCAAUCUCAGUGGCAACAUCAACGUCCCAACUAUCCAGACCUUUAUUCUAGUUACUCUAUACAUGUUAGGCUCUUGCCAGAUGAAUGGGGCAUUCUUGUUCUUUGGAAUCGCGGUAAGGGCGGCAUAUUCAAUCGGAAUUCACCGUACAGAAAUCAACUCUCGCUUUGGGCCCGACAUUCAAAGACAGCGAGAUCGUCUUUGGAAGAGCUUGCGUGUACUGGACCUCUUUCUGAGUACAUCCAUGGGCAGGCCCCCAGCAACGUCUGAUGUUGACUGUAGCGUUCCAUACCGCGGAGCGGACGAUACAACUGGACAAGAAGCAUUCGACCUUCUUAAUGCCUCAGCUCAAAUAUUUCUCAUCACUGAAGGUAUUGUCGUCGAAGUGUAUUCGCGGAAAAAGGUCUCCUACCAGUUGACAGAGGGUAUCUCAAGACAGCUGCGGGAUUGGUCUGUCCGGUGGCUCCAACGUUUGAAAGACGUUGUGUCCAAAUCGUUGGACGGGGAGGACCCAAGCAAGGUCACCGGUGCUAGCCAAGUAUUAUGCUCAUACUAUUACGCUGUGAUUCUAGUCUCGCGACCAUUUCUUAUGUACGAGCUUCACAAGCGCUUGACGGAAGGAUCCGCUGGUGGCUCGGCCAGUCGAUCUGGUCUGGUCUCUGGCAAAUCGAAGCUCGCCGAUGCUUGCAUAGAUGCCGCAAGCUUCAUGGUCGACAUACUGGUUGGCUUGACUGAGAGGCAAUACUUGAAUGGACAAAUGCCACUUAUCGUGUCGUGGCUUUUUGCGUCCUCCCUUAUCCUGGGUGUCGGUCUACUGGGGUCCUUCGGCCGCAUCCUCGAAAAGUACACCCGGAACGCAAUCAUGGUGCUAGAGCAUUUCGCAAAGAAGGAUGCCCAUGCUUCGCAGUACUCUCUUAUUGCAAAGUCGCUUCUCAACGCUGCACUAGAUUACCUCGAAAAGAAGGAGCUAGAGGAGCGUCUUCAGAGGACGGAAAGCUCGUCACAGCUGUUUGGGCUAGUACCGCGGGACAACGUGGACUCUGAGCAAAUCGCCCAUUCUUCUGUUCAUGAUGCUGUUCCGGGACUGGGGCAAGACCGCCAAUCGGCAGUCAAGACCAAUCCCGUCUCUGGCUUUUUGGGCCUAGGUUCGCCGUCUUUCGCAGACAUGGAUACCUCGUUUUUGAGUCUGUCAAAUUCGCUCCCGAGGACACCAGAUUUGUCAAUCCUUGACGGGAGGAAUGACGGAGAUCAUGGAUUUGGAGACCUUAAUUUGUUCCAGCUUCUCGAUGGGGACGGCCACAUCGAUCUUGGUCCGUACAUAUAG